AUGGCCAAGCUUUUCAUCGGCGGCCUUGCCUGGCACACCACUGACGAGACCCUCCGCGAUGGUUUCCAGGCCUAUGGAACCAUCGAGGAAGCCGUCGUUGUCAAGGACCAUGACACUCUCCGCAGCCGUGGAUUCGGCUUCGUCCGCUUCGCCAACGAGGGCGACGCUGACGCCGCCAUGAACGCCAUGAACAACCAGGAAUUCGAUGGCCGCAUCAUCCGCGUGGACAAGGCCUCGGAACGGCCCAGCGCCCGCAACGGAGGAGGAUUCCACGGCCGGGGUGGUUACAACCGCGAGGGCGGCAACGGAGGCUACCGCGGUGGAUACGGUGGUGGUGGCGGUGCGUACGGCGGUGGUGGCUGGCGCGGCAACCAGCAGCAGCAAUCACCGGGCGGCCCCGGCGAGCCUGCUGCUUAA